GGCUCCGGGCUGGGAGAAACCCGAGCCGCUCUCCAGUCGACGCAAGCAGAGCGGGGUGCGGGGCGGGGAGGAAUACUCUCUUGGAGACGUCACUUUGGCCUUGGGGCUCUCCAGCCCUUUGGGAUUUCCAAUGGGAUCUUAGCAGCAACCGGCGCCCCGGGCCAGCCACGAUUGGAACGCCCUGCCCGGCAAGCUCUUCAGGACCGGGGAGCCCCACGCCCUCCCUCACCGUUCGCCAGGUCACGAUUCUUAUCUGCGUGAACACUUAUGGCUCUGUUACGAAAAAUUAAUCAGGUGCUGCUGUUCCUUCUGAUUGUGACGCUCUGUGGGAUUCUGUAUAAGAAAGUUCACAAGGGGACUGUGCUCAGGAAUGAAGCAGACGACGACUCCGAGACUCCUGAGGAAGUGGAGGAGGAGAUCCCUGUGGUGAUUUGCGUGGCAGCAGGGAGGAUGGGUGCUGCCAUGGCCGCCAUCAACAGCAUCUACAGCAACACUGACGCCAACAUUCUGUUCUACGUAGUUGGACUCCGGAACACGCUGACUCGAAUUCGAAAAUGGAUCGAACAUUCGAAACUGAGAGAAAUAAACUUUAAGAUCGUGGAAUUCAACCCUACGGUGCUCAAAGGGAAGAUCAGACCAGACUCCUCAAGACCAGAAUUGCUGCAGCCUCUGAACUUCGUUCGAUUUUACCUCCCUCUGCUGAUCCAGCAGCACGAGAAAGUCAUCUACUUGGACGAUGAUGUCAUUGUACAAGGUGAUAUCCAAGAGCUGUACGACACCACCUUGGCCCUGGGACACGCGGCAGCUUUCUCGGAUGACUGCGAUUUGCCCUCUGCCCAGGACAUAAGCAGACUGGUUGGGCUCCAGAACACAUACAUGGGCUAUCUGGACUAUCGGAAGAAGACCAUAAAGGACCUUGGCAUCAGCCCCAGCACCUGCUCGUUCAAUCCCGGCGUGAUUGUAGCCAACAUGACGGAAUGGAAGCACCAGCGUAUCACCAAACAGCUGGAGAAAUGGAUGCAGAAAAAUGUGGAGGAAAACCUCUACAGCAGCUCCCUGGGCGGAGGGGUGGCCACUUCUCCCAUGCUGAUUGUGUUUCAUGGGAAACACUCCACAAUCAACCCCCUGUGGCACAUAAGGCACCUGGGCUGGAAUCCGGAUGCCAGAUAUUCGGAGCACUUUCUGCAGGAAGCUAAACUGCUGCACUGGAAUGGAAGGCAUAAACCCUGGGACUUUCCGAGCGUUCACAACGACUUAUGGGAAAGCUGGUUUGUCCCUGAUCCUGCAGGGGUCUUUAAGCUCCAUCACAAUAGCUGACAGAACUCAACAUUUUAAAUACUCCCUACGGAAAAAGGUGCAACUGUCCCUUUGUAGCCUUGCAGCACGUUGUUCUUGAGGAGCAAUACCUUUGACAUGUACAAUCCACGACACGAGAACCAGAAACUUCUCUGUGCAGAUUGGACCUCGGACCAGACGGGCACGGACGUGUUUCCUUAAGCCCAAGUGAUAAUCGUGGAGGCCAUGAUUCCGUGAGUGAAGCAUGUUGCUGGAAAGAAAGAAACCCAGCCGGCUAUGGGCAAUCAAGGUGCUUCACACUGAAUGGCACUUACAGCCACAAAUUCAGCAUUUUCUAAAUGUAUUUUUUACAUGCAGGUAUUUUUUAACAGGUUCCCAAUCUUGUCUUUUAUAGCACCGUUGCAUUUAAAACAUGGAGGCCUGAAGAAAUAAAAUUGUUAUCAAUUUUUAAAAUUUUUCAUCAUGUAUAUAUUCUGAGUGCUAAAUACUAGAUGGUGAACUGGUGCAGGUUUGAAGGGGGAAGGAAUACCAUUGAUUCUGGCCAGAAAAAAGCUCGAAGCCCAAGGGUAAUCACUCUUAAAAAUUUCUUUUUUUUUUUUUAUUGUAAAGACCA